AACAAUUAAUAUUAAGUGCCAUUUAUAUACCGUAACUAUAUACUUAAAGAGAGUGAAUUUAUUGGUAGCAUUAAAUUGAAAUUCAAAUAGAAAAUUCAUUGGUAGCAGUUGCCGAAGGCUCAUGGAAUAAACAACAGUAACGUUUACGUAUGACGUAUGCAUGAAAGGGUAACUUUCUGUGAAACCCUGAACUAGUACGCAUGUGUGCGCAGCUAUACAUAUCUAUUUCUAAAUAAUUUAUGUUGGGUAAAAAAGUUUUCUUGUACGUUUCGUACGCACAAGGGUGUUGUGAGUAAAAUUCAAAAAAUAAAGUACGUUUACUAAGUACAGUUACAAAAUGGCUGUUGUUAAAGAUCAUCGAAUCAUUAACAGUUUUUGUGGAUGCAUAAAUUUGAAAACCGGGAUGCUUAUUAUGAGCACUAUCAGAAUUACAGGAGCUUUAUUAAACACAGUAUUGCCGAUCAAGAAUCAUCUUGAGAACUGCGACCCUAAAAUUCACACAACAUGUCGAGUUACUUCAUACAACGAGUUCAUUUCUGUCAUAACUAUCUGUAUUAUCGGAAUUAUACUUGUUUUAUUAGCGAUUCUUGCAUCAAUAGCGAACUGUCGGAAGUUACUAUUUCCUGUGAUGAUUUUUGACGCGAUUCAAAUGCUGGUGCUGCCGUUCAUCUCCUGGUUCAUUAUUAUCAAUUAUGAUAAUACUGAUUAUGGAAAUUUAUUGGAACCAAUAAUCGUCUAUAUUUAUCUUGCUAUCAUUAUUUUCUAUUGGAUAAUCGUUUACAGCCGCUCUCAAGAAAUCAAGACAGAUAAAAAAAAUCUACUAAUUGAAGACAAAUAA